AUGACCUCAAUUCUUCGAAAAGUGGAAUGGGUUCGAGUAGCAGGGAAAUGGACGAAAAUGUCCGUCAUGGGGUUGGAUAUUUCAGACGAAACGCUGAAAAUUCAGAAGAAAAAGGAGAACGAGAAUCGAGUGAUUAUUUUAAUGAUUCCAGGAAAUCCCGGAAACGAAGGAUUCUACGCUCAUUUCGGACGAGAAGUUUUGCAAAAUUUGAUAAAGAAAGAUGAAGAUGAGCAGAAAAACUUGAAAAAUCAAUAUUUAUUCUACACAGUUUCAAGUCUCAAUCAUGUUCGAAUGCCAGAUCAUUUGAAAGAUGAUGGAGAACAUCGAAAUCAUGACCGAAUUUCUCUGGAGGAACAAGUCAAUCACAAACUAUCAUUUGUGAAAGAGCACCUGCCACGUGGAAAGCAACUGUACAUUUUGGGGCAUAGCAUUGGUUCGUAUAUGAUGUUAAGAAUCAUUCCUGAAGUGAUAAAAGAAGGAUUCCACGUGGAAAAAGCUGUUGGACUGUUUCCAACGAUAGUUCAUAUGGCAAACUCACCAAAUGGGAAACGAUUACAUGGAACUUUAGCUACAUUGAACCAUCAUGAUUGGCUCACAAAAACGAUUUGCUGGUGGGUGGAUUACCUGCCAAACUCGAUCAAAAAAUUUCUUGUUGGAUUGAACCUGAGACAUCCUAAUACUCCCCCAGAGAUCGUCGAUGCGGCAGUUGAGCUUGUCCAUAUGGAUGUGUUCAGAAAUAUAGUUCACAUGUCAAACGAUGAACUUGAUAUCGUUUUAGACCUAGAUGAGCGUCUUUUGGAAAAACAAGACGUGGUUCAUUUCUAUUAUGGCCUCAAGGAUGGAUGGUGUCCAGUGCAGCAUGGAUACUCCAUGCGGGACAGACUUGGUGAGGAGCAGGUCACAUUGGACGAAGACAAUUGUGAACACGCUUUUGUUAUUUCUGAAGGAGACAUUAUGGCGAGAAAUGUUAUAAAAUAUUUCGAUUGAUCAGUUGCUCCGAGUUUUCCGUACUUCAACCUGUGAUUGCAUUACCUAGAAUUUUAUCUUUUAAUAAAUAUAAAAAU